AAUUGUUUCACCGAAAGUUUGCGAGCUAGCACUACCUGUUACGGUUGUCGUACUCCAACCAACCCAGUAGUUUUUUUUAUCCUGAUUGCUAGCAAAGCAUGUCGACCCCCACUCCAGAAGGUUCCGGGCCCGCGGGCGUGGCCGGUAACAACCGCAAGCUGCAGCAGACACAGGCGCAGGUGGACGAGGUGGUGGGCAUCAUGCGGGUGAACGUGGAUAAGGUUCUGGAGCGGGACCAGAAGCUCUCAGAGCUGGAUGACCGGGCGGACGCCCUCCAGGCCGGAGCCUCGCAGUUCGAGACCAACGCCGCCAAGCUGAAGAGGAAGUUCUGGUGGAAGAACAUGAAGAUGUGGGGCAUUUUGAUAGCUGUCUUCCUCAUCAUCAUCAUCAUCAUCGUCAUUUGGGCUAACUCCUAAAGCGGGAUUGAAGAGACGAUAGAAGAAAAAGGCAGCGGAUGAGGAGAUGGUGAUGAACUUGCUUCCAGCACUAAAUUGUUGUAACCUGCUGAGUUCCAUUGCAUUUGUUUUUGUAAAAUAUACUGAACAAGGUUUUUUUUUUUUUUGGUUUUUUUGUGUGUGUGUUUAUUAAUUAUUGAUUUGAGUAGCCUGGCUGGACAAGAAAGACAAGUGCCUGACUUUUUUUUCUUUCUUUCUUUUUUUUCUUUUGCCCCCUCUAUCUUCCUCUUCCUUGCACAAUAAUUUAUUUGAGUCACUCUGUAUACAUCCUGCAUACAGGUUCAACAGCACCAAGAAAUUCUGUCUGUUAUUGCUGAAGAAAGAAAUCUCUCAAUACCUUAUGAUCUCUCUAUCAAUAUGAUUUCCAUACUACCUUUUAAUUUAUUUUAUAUGUUCAGGCAUGCAAUAUUUUUUUAAAUGAUAAUAUAAUAGCUGCUCUUUACAAAAUGGUUGAUUAGAGAAAAAAGAAAAGUAAAUUUUUGGCUGAUAGAAGUAUAUAGUGGUUGUAAUUAAGUGCAGAAUUUAAUGCUUGGGUAUUUAUUUCUAAAUUACCCUCCCAAACCUCAGCACUAAUCAGGUAAAGUCUGGUGUUCCCACAACAGAAAUGUGCGUAUUAUGUUCAUGUUUUAGGCAGUAGCAGAUUGUGAGUUUGACAAGAUUACAGAUAGAUUUUAGAAACACUUUUCAGGAAGUGUUACCAAAAAGAAUUCUUCUAACACCAUUUACUGCAGUUUGUUUCCUGGAUUUAAGUAGAGCCAGUUCUUUGAGUCAGGCCAUUGUGUCCAUGUGAAUGUUGUAAGGAUUGAAGUCAAAUGUGUGGUGCACUAGCUGCCUUGUGAUUUAUAAAUGCUUUCUUCACUCACGCCUCAAAUACACAACAAAAGCACAAGAACUCAGCCCGCCUCUGUGAAAAACAUGGCUGCCAAAGUCAACCACUUUUCAGGGCCCUUGACCAAUCCAUAGUGCCUUGCAAGUCCCAUGAGGCAAAAGCAGAGAAGGUGACUGGAGAUGGUGCCAGACUAUUUGAAAGCCCUGCAUUUUUAAAAAGCCUGCCAAUUGUGGCUCUGAAAUUAUAUAUCUGUUAAACCGUACUGCUCAUUUUUAUCAGGAGAAAAUUGCUCUCUACUACUAAAAGCAAAGAUUGGUUCAAAGCAGAGCUCUGCCGCCUAGUAUCGGCGACGCUCCAUUUUUCAGUCAGGAAGGAAAGGCGGUUGGGUGGUCAUAACGGAAGCUUGUCCAUGAACAAAAUGUCCAAAUCGGCGCACUUGCCUAUAAUUGAGUUACAACGUGUAUACUCGAUAGUAGACAGCUGCGCUGAUUCGAACAUGGCCAAAGUUGCAAGUAAAUCAAGGGAAUAACACGUAGUGUUCCUAUCAAGAUCGCUGGGCAUUGAUCAUUGGAAUUUCAAAUAUCAGAGGUUCAGUCUGUAUGUUCAAGUGCCAAACCUGUCUGAUUUUAGACCUCCUUUGAAUGUGUGUAUAUUACAAACAAGUGCAAUUAUUUUACAUUGUUUCCUGAAAGCUGUUGAGCUUUCGGUUUGCUUGUACUGUUGCUUAAUAAAACUGAUUUAAUACGUU